AUGAAGCGAAAAAGUGCAGGAAUGGCUGAACGAAAAUAUCAUCGGAUAUAUCUUUGUCCCACAGAAGAUUUAUCCGGUCUUCCUUGGUUGCUGCGCCAUACUUUACAUAAUCUACGAAUCAUUUACUUCCCCCUUCGAAACCCUUCGCUAUUUGAAUUCCACGUAUGGAAUUCCUAUGAUAUUCCACAUCCGUUGAGUACCUCUGAUAAGGACAAAUUAAUAUUUUCUGUGGAUCAAUAUUUUAGGUUAUAUGAAGAUCAAAUUGAGACAUUCAUUGAAGCGCAAUUCAUUUUUAAAAUUGGGUAUCCCUUUCAUGAACAAUAG